AUGGGAGCAGCAGCCGUCGCAGAUAGAGAGAAUGACAAGGUGGAUCGAUGGCAAUCAAGGUAUUUGGGCAGCGUCAUGGGGCUGGACAAUCUAUCCUCUCCCGUCGAUAAAGAAGACAGAUCCGCUUGCUCCUCACCCUUAUCGCAACAUACUAGCUUACCCAUCAUCCAACGCAUCACAAAGCCAUUCAACAGUCUAUUGGAUAGCAGAAGAGUUACUCCCUCCAAGAGUUUGACAAGUCCUGCUCUCAACAAGCGAUAUUCAAUGAGCAAUCUAGCAAUCAACCAUUGUGGAGAGUGUCAUAAGAAGCUGUCGGGAAAGACAGUACGCUUACCCGAUAGUCAGGUCAAGUAUCAUUGGAACUGUCUUCAAUGCAAAGGAUGCCAAUUGCCGUUUCAAGGCACGUCCUUCUUCAUUGAUGUCCUCAAAAAUGUGUAUCAUCCCCAAUGUGCACCAUCGAAUGCUGUAGCUCAAAGUUGCUCUCGCUGUUCUCAAGCUAUUACUGAUAGCUACAUUGCGCUCAAUACAAAUGUGUUGCAUCCAAGGUGCCUUCGAUGUACUGGCUGCCAAAAAAUAUUACAUCCAGCAUCCAUUUACUUUGAUAUCAAUGGGGCUCAUUGCCAAACAUGCUCCAACGAAAAGAUGGACAACAAGGAACUGCUAUCAAAGCACAUGAAAAUUGUACCUCAGUUACAAAAAGUAGCUGUUGCUACUACUACAACGAGCAUCGCCACCAACAUUAUUGAACAACAACAUCAGCAGGAAGAAGUACAAGAAAAAGCGAUAUCACCCAUUGAAAAGGUCGUUGAAACGGUAAAACCCUCCUCUUUGAUGAGCUCACGAGGCCGUCGGCCACUUCCUCAAUUUGGUGUGGUGCGAGAUUGUGCUGGCUGUAAUCAACGCAUCUACUCUGUGCAUGAAGAGAUACCUGGUCCCAAAGCAUCCAAAUGGCACAAAAAGUGCCUGGUCUGCACAGGUUGCAACAAGACACUGGAUUCCGGGGCCACUGUGCACGAGCACGAGGACACGCACACGCUGAAUCCAUGGUGUACGACUUGUUUGCUAAGUAAAAAGAAAUCAAUGGUCCAUAGUAACUCGGCUUCGGCUGUGUUUAGUGCUAUUUUUUAA